AAUCAUGACUCAGCUCCUUUUUCGUUGACUUCAUGUUUUAUGCUAUCGUCCCCUUAACCCAAUCUUUCUGCUGCUAAAUCUUCAGUUUUCCUUUUCAAGUUCACAAGUUUAAUUGCUUCACGAAGGUUUUGUGUCGAUAAAAACUGCAACAAACAAACUAUUGAACGUCCAAUGGCACAGAACCAUGACGCAACAUUUUUCAAGACAACUUGGACCCCAUGAAGUCAAAUGAUGAAUUGCUUGUUGGAAAGGUGAUCCGGCUGUUAUCUGGUGCCUCGCUCCAGGUCUUUCCCGCCCAUUUCCUCUCCUACCGCCAGCCUUCAUGUUGUGCCAACAAAGAGCGAGGCAUUCCACCCGCAUAUUCGAUACCCCCACACGGCCCGGACCUGCCAUUCCAACUAAACGGCUGCAGACGUAAAGACCCCCCCCCCCCCUUUUUAACCCCCUUUGAGGCUUCACUUCAUCCCCCGAGGCCCUCGGUCUGAUUUUCCAUGCCGCGUCUUUUCAGCGCAGAGCCGGCGGACUCGGUCCGACCUCCCAGAUGUUUUCCCGCGGAGCGGCACAGGAAGCUAUUAAAAAGCCAAUCAGUCAUGCUCGGUUGAAAGUGUUUGGCUGGGUUUCCCGUCACAUGGCCUGGAAAUUGGAUCCCUCCGCGCCUGCCUCCACUCCCCCCCCACCACCACCACCACCACCGCGAGUAGACUGCCGGCUCGUUUCACGGACUUGCAGAGUAGAGCGUGAGUCGAGCGGAGAGCUGAGCCCUGUCCGUCUCGAGCUCCACCUCACCUGGGACCAUGAACCCGUGGACCGCCGCGUCUUGGCUGCUCCUGGCCGGCUUCUGCUUCCUGUCUUCCGCUUCGCUCUCUCACUUCGACACCGAGUGUUACACGGCCAACGGGGAGGACUACAGGGGCUUCCAGAAACAGACCAGUUUGUACGGGGGGAAGCCCUGCCUCUUCUGGAACGAAACCUUCCAGCACCCCUACAACACGCUCAAGUACCCCAACGGCGAGGGCGGACUGGGCAGCCACAACUAUUGCAGGAACCCCGACGGGGACGUCCAGCCAUGGUGCUACAUUGCAGACCACGAAGACGGGAUUUACUGGCGGUACUGCGACAUUCCAACAUGCCAGAUGCCCGGUAACCUUGGCUGCUUCCGAGACAGCGGCGACCCGCCCACCUUGUCCGGGCCCACCGAGACGUCCAACAAGCAGACCAUUCAGUCCUGCAUCAGCUUCUGCAGGAAGCAGAGAUACAAGUUGGCCGGCAUGGAGUCGGGGUACGCUUGUUUCUGCGGCAACGAAGCGGACCUGUUGGACCACGGCGAGGCCCCCAGCAUGGAGUGUAACCACGUUUGUUUCGGCGACCACAGGCAGCCUUGCGGCGGAGACGGCUGGCUCAUCGUCUUCGACACUCGCGUGGGUUCCUGCGGCGGGAACUACUCGUCCCCCUCCGGGGUCAUCUACUCACCGGACUUUCCGGACAAAUACGGAGCCGCUCGCGUUUGCUAUUGGACGGUGCAGGUGCCUGGCUCCUCGGCCAUCCUGUUCAACUUCACCUUCUUCGACAUCACGGACCAAGCCGACAUGGUGGAGCUGCUCAACGGCUACACCAGCGAGGUGGUGGCGCGCUUCGACUGGCGCAGCCCGCCCCGCCGGCUACUCAACGUCACCGGGGACUUCAUCAUACUCUAUUUCUACUCGGACCGGACCAACCAGGCGCAGGGCUUUGCGCUGCUCUACCAAGCGCUCAGAAGCAACGAGGACCAGGCAAAUGCAGAAGACGAGGGCUUCUCUAGCACGGUGGAACCUCACGUGGCGGCGCUCCCCGGGGUCACCGACGGCACCAACGUGACCACCAAAGGACGCUCGACCUCGCAGAUCCUCUACGUGAUCACGUCCAGCCCCGGCAAGCCGGAGCACAGCAUGCCAGGUCAGUGGGCUGGACCCGGACGGAGCAGCGGACACAGCGCCAUGUGGACCAUCUACGCUCUGGCCGGCCUCCUCAUCCUCACCGUGGUCGCCAUGCUGGCAAAGCUACUGCUGCACGUCACAAUCAAGUCUCCCCGAAUCCCCACAGUGAGCGGCUCAGACAGCUGCAGCCAGAGCGCUUCAACAUCAUCAGAGCCAUGGAUCAUCUUGUACCGGCCCUCCACCAUCUCCCUCUUCAAGCAGAAACUCAAGAGCCACCAUCAACACCACCACCACCACCACCACCAUGGAGACCUGAGCCCCUUGGUGGGCAACUAGCGCGACCCUUGAUCCCUUCCUCUGAACUCUAUGGUUAGCAAGGCGCUAAACUAACGAGUGGCUAAUGCGGGUAUGGCACCCUCUGGCCAGGAUGGAUGCCAACUUUCUCCGUCAGCGUGGUGCCGCUUCUUCGGAACUCGGGCCUCAUUUGCAAAAGUUUUCAGGGCGACCGGUCGCCCUCGGAGAGGGUAAGUUGCUCACGAGUCGAAGAGGACCGCACCGAGGGUGUUGCGGAAGUCUUAGCGUCGUGUGGCGUUCAAGUGCCUUACGGCAUAUCCCCCUCGCUCUACUCACACAUCUCAUGAUGACAAUGAUUUAUUUUUGUAAGCCUUUGUAAAUAGUCGCAAUGAGGCGUUUAAUGGCCCGUUCGUUUGUGUUCUUUGUCUUUACUGAACAUAUUGUUCACAUUAGCUUUGAAACGCGGGAUGGGGCGGGGUAACAUUGAGUCCUAUGUAAUUCUAUGUGCUUGUUCGUAUUGACGUCAUAGGGACAAAAUUAUUGGGACACCCAAGAA